AUGAAAGGUGAAUUAAUUGAUAUUACAAUGAAAAGUGGAUUGAAAUGUGAUGCAUACGUUUCAAGACCAAAAGAUAGUCAAAAAGAAUUAAAACCAGUUAUAUUUGUAAUGGAUGCAUUUGGUUUAAGAGAUUGGCUUUAUGAAAUGGCAGAUAAAAUUGCAGAAGAAGGAUAUUUUGUAGUUCAACCAAAUUUUUAUUAUCGUAUUGGUAAAAAUAUUAUUACAAAUUUAGAGAAAUUAAAGAGUGCAGAUACUAAAGAUGAAGUAAUUUGUCAAAUUAGAACUCAAAUGGCUAAAAUUAAUAGAGAAGAAACAGUAAGUGAUGUUAGUGAAAUGUUUGAUUUCAUUGAUAAACAAGAGGGUGUUAGAAAAUCCAAAGAAGGUGUUGCAAUAGUUGGUUAUUGUUUUGGUGGUGGUGUUGCAAUGAGAUCAGCAAUUGCAUUCCCAGAUAUUGUUAAAGUUGUUGCUUCAUUCCAUGCUGGUAGAUUGGCAAUUCCAGAUGAUGAGAAUAGUAUUCAUAAACAUUUGAAAGGUGUUAAAGCUGAAUGUUAUUUCGGUCAUGCUGAUAACGAUCAAUCUAUGCCAUUGGAUCAAAUUCAUUUAUUUGAAAAGUCAUUAACCGAAGCUGGCAUUAAAUAUACUUCAGAAAUUUAUAAUAAUCCUUCAUGUGCUCAUGGGUGGGUUAUGGGGGAUACCUUAAUGUAUAACCCUAUUGGUUCAGAUAAACAUUAUGAUGAACUUUUUAAAUUAUUAAAAAGAGCAUUAUAA